GCACUCUCCUUAGUCGGUACGCUACUGCCAUUGUUACCGGCCCUCUCGCCGUGUCGCUCUCAAGUAGUAAGCUGGGGUCUGCUCUCAUUCGCUCGCUAAUUCAGUUAGGGCUCCUCGUUUCGCUGCAGAGCGCUACUUCCUCCAACUGGUAUUGGAUGGUGUAUUUGUUGCUAUUUGAGAAUGCAUAUAAAGAAGAUUAUUAUUGAAGGAUUUAAGAGUUACAAGGAGGAGGUAUCCACGGAUCCUUUUAGUCCGAAAGUUAAUUGUGUUGUUGGUGCCAAUGGAUCUGGAAAAACCAACUUCUUCCAUGCCAUACGUUUUGUCCUCAGCGAUCUCUUCCAAAACUUGCGCAGUGAAGAUAGACAAGCACUUCUCCAUGAAGGUGCAGGCCACCAGGUCAUGUCUGCUUUUGUGGAGAUAGUAUUUGAUAAUAGUGACAAUCGUAUACCAGUUGAUAAGGAGGAAGUUCGGCUGCGUAGGACAAUUGGUGUCAAGAAGGAUGAAUAUUUCUUAGAUGGAAAACAUGUCACGAAAACUGAAGUGAUGAAUUUGCUGGAAAGCGCUGGCUUUUCUCGGUCUAAUCCAUAUUAUGUUGUUCAGCAAGGCAAGAUCGCAUCGCUUACAUUAAUGAAAGAUUCUGAGCGUUUAGAUUUGCUAAAGGAGAUUGGAGGAACACGUGUAUAUGAGGAGAGACGGCGUGAGAGCUUGAAAAUUAUGCAAGAAACUGGCAAUAAACGAAAGCAGAUAGAUCAGGUUGUUCAUUUUUUGGAGGAGAGAUUGAGAGAACUAGAUGAAGAAAAAGAAGAACUGAAAAAGUACCAGCAACUUGACAAGAAGAUUAGAUCACUUGAAUACAUCAUUUUGGAGAAAGAGAUGGAUGAUGCUGCCCAGAAAUUGAGGGAGAUAGAAGAUGCACGAAAUACCGUUUCGGAGAAGUCAGCUAAUAUGCACAAUAAAAUUCUAAAGAACCAUGAUAGGGUGAAGGAGUUAGACAAGGACUUCAAAACUUUUUCAAAAGCUAUUCAAGGUCUCAACAAAGAUAAAGAGGUGAUAGAGAAAAGGCGCACUGAGGCAUUAAAGAUCCGUACUCAGCUUGAGCUUGAUUUGAAGGACAUUGAAGAGAGAAUUUCUGGGGACAUUCGAGCGAAGGAUGAUGCUGCAAGACAGCUUAAGGGCCUGCGAAAAGAAAUUCAGGAUUCUAGAAAUGAACUUAAUACAAUUAGGCCGUUACAUAAUGAGAAAGUUGCAGAGGAGGAGGGCUUCAUAAAAGGCAUAAUGGAGUGUGAGAAACAGCUUAGUAUAUUAUACCAAAAACAAGGGCGUGCUACACAGUUUGCUAGUAAAGCUGCUCGAGAUAAAUGGCUCCAAAGAGAAAUUGAUGAUCUGCAACGUCCUCUCUCAUCUCAUUUGGGGCAGGAGAAGAAAAUUCAAGAAGAAAUCCAACAGCUUAAAGAUGAAGAGAACAAGAUGGAUUUCUAUAUUGAGGAACAAAGAGCUGAAUCAAAAAGGCUGGAAUUGGCCAUUUCAAAGAUACAAGAGGAGUUUAAUAGGUUGAGGAUACAAAGGGAUGAACUUCAAGAUAAACGAAAGUCAUUAUGGAAAACAGAAGGAGAACUUUCUGCUGAAAUUGAUAAGCUUAGGUCAGAUCUUGUGAAGGCCAAGAAGAGUUUGGACCAUGCUACUCCUGGUGAUACAAGAAGGGGACUGAAUUCAGUAGACCGAUAUGUCAAUGAUCACAAUAUCGAAGGAGUUUUUGGUUCGCUAUUAGAGUUAAUUGAAUGUGAUGAGAAAUUCUUUACUGCUGUUGAAGUUACUGCUGGAAAUAGCCUAUUCCAUGUCGUGGUUGCAACAGAUGACAUUUCUUCUAGGAUUAUUAGAUACCUUACUUCGGAGAAAGGUGGGAGAGUGACAUUUAUACCCUUGAACAGAGUGAUUGUACAGCGGGUAAACUAUCCACAAAGCUCAGAUGUGGUGCCUUUGUUAAAGAAACUAAAAUUUCGUUCCGACUGUUCUGCAGCAUUUCAGCAGGUAUUCUCCAGAACAGUAAUCUGUCGGGAUUUGGAUGUUGCCACAAAUGUCGCUCGAGCUAAUGGACUUGACUGUAUUACAUUGGAAGGAGACCAAGUUAGCAAGAAAGGUGGUAUGACAGGAGGAUUUUAUGAUUCUAGACGGUCAAAGCUGAAGUUCAUGAAUAUUAUAAAGCAAAGCAAAAGCUCCAUUCUCAAGAAAACUGAUGAGCAAGAUAAGAUUUCCAGGCAGCUUCAGGAUUUAGAUAGGGAAAUUAACGAUCUUGUCAGUAGACAACAGAGAAUAGAUGCUGAACGGGGUCAUAUGAAGUCAGAAUUGGAGCAACUUAAACUGGAUAUAGCUAAUGCUGUUAAGCAGAAGCAAUCAAUUUCUAGAUCUCUUGAGAAAAAGGGAAAACUGCUAGGAAAUGCUCUCACGCAGAUUGAUCAAAUCAGAGCUGGCAUUGCAAUGAAACGAGCUGAAAUGGGUACAGAUCUUGUUGACCAAUUAACACCAAAAGAAAAGGAUCUUCUUUCCCGGUUAAAUCCGGAAAUAACUGAACUAAAGGAGAAGCUUUUGGCUUGUACGACAAGUAGAGUUGAGAUUGAAACAAGGAAAGAGGAGUUGGAGACUAAUCUUUCAACAAACCUUGUUAGACGACAACAAGAGUUAGAGGCAAUAAUUUUGUCAGCAGAUUCUGGUACUUUACCUAUGGAAGCUGAGCUCAAACGCCAGGAAUUAGAAGAUUCAAAUGAAACGGUUCAUGAAUUAAUGAAGCAGCUCAACCAGGCUUUACAUAGCAUAGAUGAAUUUUCGAAGAAGAUUAAAAAUAAUAGGAACGAAAAGGAUCGAAUUAAGGCCACUGAAGAAGAAUAUGAGCGUACACUUCAGGACGAGGCAAAAGAUCUGGAGCAGUUACUCAACAAGAGAAAUUUACUUAUGUCAAAACAAGAUGAUUGCAAGAAAAAAAUCCGGGAUUUGGGUUCAUUACCUUCUGAUGCUUUCGAGAGGUAUAAGAAGAAAAACAUCAAGGAAUUAGUAAAAAUGCUUCAUAAGUGCAAUGAGGAGCUAAAACAGUUCAGCCACGUUAAUAAGAAAGCACUUGAUCAAUACAUGAACUUCACGGAACAACGAGAACAGCUGCAGAACAGAAGAGCUGAACUUGAUGCAGGUGAUCAGAAAAUACGAGAACUUAUUUCUGUUCUGGAUCAGCGGAAGGAUGAAUCUAUUGAACGCACUUUUAAAGGAGUUGCCAGAAAUUUCCGUGAAGUAUUUUCAGAGCUUGUACAAGGUGGGCAUGGGUUCUUGGUAAUGAUGAAAAAAAAGGAAGGUGAGCCCCUUGAUGAUGAAAAUGAUGAGGAUGGACCUCCCAACACGGAUCCUGAGGGAAGAGUGGAGAAAUACAUCGGUGUCAAAGUAAAGGUAUCAUUUACUGGUCAAGGAGAAACUCAGUCAAUGAAACAGCUUUCUGGUGGUCAGAAAACUGUAGUGGCGUUGACAUUAAUAUUUGCCAUACAGCGCUGUGAUCCUGCUCCAUUCUAUCUCUUUGAUGAGAUUGAUGCAGCAUUGGAUCCACAAUACAGAACAUCUGUUGGCAAUAUGAUCCGUCGUUUGGCUGAUAUGGCAAAUACUCAGUUCAUAACGACAACAUUUCGGCCAGAGCUAGUGAAAGUUGCAGACAAGAUAUACGGUGUAACUCACAAGAACAGAGUCAGCCAUGUUAAUGUGGUUUCCAAGGAAGAGGCUCUUGAUUUUAUUGAACAAGAUCAGAACCACAGUGCUUAAUCAGGUUUACUUUUACCUGAUCUAUUAAGAUGCUGUGAGUACGAGCAGGUAUUAACCUAUCUUUAGUUUUUGUUUCUUCGUUCAAACUUCAGUGAUAUUUGUCAAUUUGUUGUAUAUGUUGAUUUACUUUGGAAGUAAUAUAUACUUGGCAUUGUGAUGUUUUAUACUUGUCUAAACCAAUUAUGUUAGUGUCAAUAGAUAGAAGUUGGGCAGCUUUUUAUUGCAAAUAUACUUAUAAUUAUGCUAGCUCGAGCAAGAUGCCGAUCUCAGUAAAUUUGUACUAGAUGUGAAGAAUGUUCGACUAGUUAUUUUAGGCAAUGGAAGAUUUUGACAGUCAAAA